AUGCCCACUCACGUAGCCAUCGAGGGCGUCGACACCGCCUCCAUCCUCGACCUCCAGCUCUACCGCACCCAGGAGGAGGCCCGAAACCCUACCGCCCCCUGCGCCGUCGCGGCUGCUGCUUCCGGUGGGGUGUUCCGCCGCCCAAGGGGUGAUUACUUGAUAGUUGCUAAUUUGGACGAUUCACAUGCUGUCCUUUGCCCUCGGGACAGCAAGGACCGUCUGAUCCCCGUCCAGCUCACCACUGACUUGAAGCCAGAUCUUUCAAGUGAAAUGUCGACCAAUACAUCAGAGGGUUCAGGAACUCAUGAUAGUGAAGAGGGUCAAACAUCUUUGACACCACGUCGUAAACGGUCCAAUGUCUGGGAACAUUUUGAGAAAGCCUUGGUUGAUGUGGAUGGUGAGCUAAAAGCUGUUUGCAAGUACUGUCAACUGAAAUUGAGUACCAAGUUUGGUACUAGUAGUCUUAGAGGCCAUGUUGCCAAUUCUUGCCCAUCAAUUGAGAGUGAUACCAGAAAGAGAUUUCAAGCAAGCAUGAGCAAACAACCAUUAGAUGCAAAUUUUGUCUUUGAUCCCCACCUCUGUCGUCAAGAGAUGAUCAAGUAUUUAAUUCAUGCUGAGAUUCCAUUUCUGGAAUUCGAAGACCCGUACUUGCAGCCAUGGAUUAACACAAUGCAACCAACUUUCAUAGUCAAGGGUCAACCACAACAAACAAUCCACAAUGAUUCCUUCCAGAAAUUUGAGGAGCUAAAGAAAGAGCUUUAUACUGAACUUCAGAAUUUGGAUUCUCGUGUUUGCUUGACAUCAGAUAUAUGGACAUCAUCGCAGAACGUAGAAUACAUGGCUGUAACAGCUCACUACAUUGAUGCAGAAUUUAAGAUCAAGAAAAAGAUCAUUUGGUUUAAAAAACUAGAGUAUCCUCACUCCGGCAUUGCAAUUGAAGAAGUAGUGAGGUGCCUGACAGAAUGGGAUAUAAUGGAUAAAUUGUUUACUUUGACAUUAGAUAAUGCAAGCAAUAACACUUCGGCAUGUGAGAAGUUGAUAACAAAUCAUAAACAUGAGUUAUUGUUUGAUGGUGAACAUCUACAUGUUAGAUGUUCUGCUCAUAUUCUCAACAUCUUGGUUCAGGAUGGGAUGACAGUGAUCCAUACAACAAUACAAAAGAUCCGUGAGCUGCUGAAGCAUAUUGAUUCUUCUGUCUCAAGACUUCAAGCGUUCAAUUCGCUUGCAAAUGGGAUGGGUUUAGCCUCAAAGUCCGCUAUCUACCUUGACAUCCCAAACCGAUGGAACUCAACCUUCAAAAUGCUUAGGGAAUCAUUAAAAUACAAAGCUGUCCUUAUUUCCUAUGCUCCUAGAUAUCUUGAAGUUUUACCUACUGAGGAAGAGUGGGCAAAGGCAGCAGCAAUUUGUGAAUUUCUCAAGUUAAAAAAAGAAAAGAAGAAAGAGAUUGCAUUUAACCUUGUCUUAGUCAUUGCCACUAUAUUAGAUCCAAGAAGGAAGGCUGACUACUUAGAUUUCUUCUUUCAGAAGGUGUGCAAUAAUACAAAUCAGAUUGAUAUGCAUGUGAAGCAUGCCUUAGAGUGGAUGAGAAAGUACUUCACAUUGUAUGAGCAACGAUGUGCAAGGAAAAGUAGUGUGGAUAUGAUGGCGCUUGCUAAUGAAGCCUUUGUUAAUGAGGGGUCACUGAUUCUUGGAAAAAGAAAUCUUGAAGAAGAAUUUGCUCAAUACAAAUCACGACGAAGAGUUGCACGGGCACCGAAAUUUGAAAUUGAUGCAUAUUUAGAAGAAGAGAUCGAGGAGGAUAAUGAGGAUUUUGAUAUCCUAGCUUGGUGGAAGGGAAAAUCAGACAAAUUUCCUGUACUGUCAACUAUGGUUCGAGACUUUCUUUCUAUUCCCCUUAGCACUGUUUCGUCCGAAUCUGCUUUUAGUCUUGGAGGAAGAAUUCUUGGAGACCAUAGAAGCUCACUAACGCCGGAAAUGCUCGAGGCACUUGUUUGUGGGAAAGAUUGGCUAUUCAAGACCAAAGAUCGCACUAGUGAAGGUACAAAGGUUUUUCUUUAA